AUGAACAUCCCACUGCCGGUCCCCCUCGACCAGCAUCUUUCCAACAAACGCACGAAGACGUUCUGCGACUGGCGAGAUUGGGAGGACCUCAAGGAGACGUUUGCUUCCGCCGCAGAGGACUGCGAAUCGGACAACUCCUCACGAGCUCUCGCCACCCUCCGAGCCGUCGUCCACGAGUGCCAUCGCUUCAUCCAGAUCCUCGACGAUCCCUCCAUCCUCUUCACCUCCCGCCGCACACAGCUCAGGCGCACAGACAGCGAUGAGUCUGCACACGAUCUCACUCCGCCGGAGGAGCGUCUUAACCGAGACUGGGGUGUAUCUUCUUCACGAACCGGAGAUGAAGCUUCAGCAAACGCAACGCCCUCUCUUCCCUCACGACCCCCAGAUCUCCCAACUGCCUUUCACGUCCUGCUCGGCAUGUCCCUCUUCCUUUUUGGCAAUCUCAUCGCCCAAGACCCUUCACUAGCCACCGGCGACGAACCCACGACACCCUCAUCAUACUGGCUCUCCGCCGUAGACGUCUUUCAAAUAUCCGAAAACCUGCCUACUACACACUCCCAUCGCAGCAGGAGCAGCAAUUCCAGUACCAGCUCACGGCCGUUCGAGAUCGAACAGACGGACUGGCGGAUCGGCAUUGUAUGGGGUCGAACUCUCGUCUCUCUUGCCGACGAAAAGCUUCGAAGCACAUUGUCAACCCCAGCCUCCCCUCAGCCCAUCCCUACCUGGCCACCUCUUCGUGCUAUCGCAGCCCGUCGCCCACCCGGUACAACCACCCCCUCAACCUUCACCCCUUCCGAUUACCUCUUGACUGCACACGAUCAACUCUCUCGCGGAAUCUUCCACAUGCCACACCCACCCUAUCUCUCCUCACACUCGCAUAUCUUCGCUCGUGCACGCUCUAGUUCGGGUCUGGGCUUAGGCUCCUCGCCACACCCUUUCAACCCUCUUCCCCAAACCCUCACCCCCGCUUCUCAAGACUCCACCUUCUCUCGCGCAAAGGAGCUGUACACGAUUGCUAGCGAGGUUCUUUCCGUGGCGGAACGCCUGCCGAGUGCGAAGGAUAGGACGUACUGGGCGAAAUGGGCAGAUGCGAUCUUCAAGCAGAUGAAGGAUGUGGGCGAGGUGGAGGCAUGGAGGGCAAGGAUAUGUUUGGCCAGGGGACGGUGUUGGCUUGUUGGAGCUAGAGUGGAAGAGCUUGAGGAUGCGCUGGAGAGGGAACAGAGUACAGAUGGGAUGACAGGUUCGGUGUUGGAAAGUAAAGAGGCGCAGGAGGCACGGCAAGCAUUGGAGACGGCCAUUUCGUUCUUCGAGCGUGUGAAGGGACCUGCUAGCACAUCGAAUGAUGUCGAUAUGGAGAUGGAUGAUGUUCGUCCCCUGCUCGCCGAAGCCCUGCUCAGUCUAGCGAAUAUUACUAUCGACGAGAGCAAGCGCGAGGAACUUUAUGCUCGCGCAGAGGCUGAAGGUGGUGCCCGCGUCGACCUCGAUCCUCCGCUACAAAAGCCAAGUCAGGAACAGCCGCCAGUGCCAUUGUCAUUACCAGCAGCAUCGUUCUCGCUACCAUCAACGCCGCUCUCGCCACCGCCAUCAAGCGCCACGCCAAGCGAUGGCCUCGGAAGCCUUCCAGACGACGAUGAGGUGGUAUAUAUGGACUCGAGUUAG